CUCAAAUAAGUAGUGAUCCAACAUUACAAGUUUUAUUAGAAUAUGCGUGUUCAAUAAAUGUAACUAGGUUAGGACAUUUUUUAGCAAUCGAUGAGGCUGCUGAGUCUCUAGGACAUUUAGAAACUGAAGAAGAUCUAAAAGAAAGAAUGAUGGUAGUAGAAUUUGAAAAAGAACGUAUAAAUUUAUUGCUAAGUGAUUUUAUUGAUGAUCCAUCAGUUGUACAUACAGAACGCAAUUUAAAAUCACGAAAGGAAUCAUCAUGGAAAUUAACAGUUGAUUUAUUAGAAGCGUUAAAUAUGUCUAAUCCAGCAAGUCAUUCAUUAUUUCAAAAUACAUCACAAAAUAACAAUGAAGGAUUUCAUAGGCUUUUUGCCUGUUAUAACAUUGGGAAGAAAAGACUUUACAAUAUUUACAAACAAGAUAUAGAGAAGACAGUCGAACGCAAUACAACAGGUAGACGUGCUCAUAAUAUU